CCAAACCAUUUACUUCUAAAGUAAAACAGAUGCGCCUACAUAGAGAAGACUUUGAGAUAUUGAAGGUGAUAGGUCGAGGAGCUUUUGGAGAGGUUGCUGUAGUGAAACUAAAAAAUGCAGAUAAGGUAUUUGCCAUGAAAAUAUUGAACAAAUGGGAAAUGCUGAAAAGAGCUGAGACAGCAUGUUUUCGUGAAGAAAGGGAUGUAUUAGUGAAUGGAGAUAAUAAAUGGAUUACAACUCUGCAUUAUGCUUUCCAGGAUGACAAUAACUUAUACCUGGUCAUGGAUUAUUAUGUUGGUGGGGAUUUGCUUACUCUGCUCAGCAAAUUUGAAGAUAGAUUGCCUGAAGAUAUGGCUCGAUUUUACUUGGCCGAGAUGGUGAUAGCAAUCGAUUCUGUUCAUCAGCUGCACUAUGUGCACAGGGACAUCAAACCUGACAAUAUAUUGAUGGAUAUGAAUGGACAUAUUCGAUUAGCAGAUUUUGGUUCUUGUUUGAAGCUGAUGGAAGAUGGAACGGUCCAGUCCUCAGUGGCUGUUGGAACUCCAGAUUAUAUCUCUCCUGAAAUCCUUCAAGCCAUGGAAGAUGGGAAAGGGAGAUAUGGGCCUGAAUGUGACUGGUGGUCUCUGGGGGUCUGUAUGUAUGAAAUGCUUUAUGGAGAAACACCAUUUUAUGCAGAAUCUCUGGUGGAGACAUAUGGAAAAAUCAUGAAUCAUAAAGAGAGGUUUCAGUUUCCAGCUCAAGUGACCGAUGUGUCUGAAAAUGCUAAGGAUCUUAUUCGAAGGCUCAUUUGCAGCAGAGAACACCGACUUGGUCAAAAUGGGAUAGAAGACUUUAAGAAACACCCAUUUUUCAAUGGAAUUGAUUGGGAUAAUAUUCGAAACUGUGAAGCACCUUAUAUUCCAGAAGUUAGUAGCCCAACAGAUACAUCGAAUUUUGAUGUGGAUGAUGAUUGUUUAAAGAAUUCUGAAACGAUGCCCCCACCCACACAUACUGCAUUUUCUGGGCACCAUCUGCCAUUUGUUGGUUUCACAUAUACUAGUAGCUGUGUUCUUUCCGAUCGGAGCUGUUUACGUGUCACAGCCGGUCCCGCGUCCCUGGACCUUGAUGUCAGUGUCCAGAGGACUCUCGACAACAACCUGGCAACCGAGGCGUACGAGAGGAGAAUCAAGCGCCUCGAACAGGAAAAGCUUGAGCUGAGUAGAAAGCUUCAAGAGUCAACACAGACUGUUCAAGCUCUACAGUAUUCAACUGCUGAUGGUCCACUAACAGCAAGCAAAGAUUUAGAAAUAAAAGCCUUAAAAGAAGAAAUUGAAAAACUAAGGAAACAAGUAAGAGAAUCAAGUCACUUAGAACAACAACUUGAGGAAGCCAACUCUGUGAGGAGAGAGCUAGAUGAUGCUUUUCGACAAAUCAAGGCUUAUGAAAAACAAAUCAAAACACUACAACAAGAAAGGGAAGAAUUAAACAAGGAACUAGUCCAGGCUAGUGAGCGAUUAAAAAACCAGUCCAAAGAGCUGAAAGACGCACACUGUCAGAGGAAACUGGCCAUGCAGGAAUUCAUGGAGAUCAAUGAGCGGCUAACAGAAUUGCACACCCAAAAACAGAAACUUGCUCGCCAUGUCCGAGAUAAGGAAGAAGAGGUGGACCUGGUGAUGCAAAAAGUUGAAAGCUUAAGGCAAGAACUGCGCAGAACAGAGAGAGCCAAAAAAGAGCUGGAAGUUCAUACAGAAGCUGUGGCUGCUGAAGCAUCUAAAGACAGGAAACUGCGUGAACAGAGCGAGCACUAUUCUAAGCAACUGGAAAAUGAAUUGGAGGGACUAAAGCAAAAACAAAUUAGUUACUCGCCAGGACUAUGCAGCAUAGAACAUCAGCAAGAGAUAACCAAACUAAAGACUGAUUUAGAAAAGAAAAGUAUCUUUUAUGAAGAAGAAUUGUCUAAAAGAGAAGGAAUACAUGCAAAUGAAAUUAAAAAUCUGAAGAAAGAACUUCAUGAUUCAGAAGGCCAGCAACUUGCUCUCAACAAGGAAAUUAUGAUUUUGAAAGACAAAUUGGAAAAAAACAGGAGAGAGAGUCAAAGUGAAAGGGAAGAAUUUGAAAAUGAGUUCAAACAACAGUAUGAACGAGAAAAAGUAUUAUUAACUGAAGAAAAUAAAAAACUGACAAGUGAACUUGAUAAGCUCACCACUUUGUUUGAGAACUUAAGUAUGCGCAACCAGCAGUUAGAAGAAGAGGUAAAAGACCUAGCAGACAAGAAAGAAUCAGUUGCACAUUGGGAAGCCCAAAUCACAGAAAUAAUUCAGUGGGUCAGUGAUGAAAAGGAUGCACGAGGGUAUCUCCAGGCCUUAGCUUCUAAAAUGACAGAAGAGUUGGAAGCUUUGAGAAAUUCCAGCUUGGGUGCCCGAGCAACAGAUAUGCCCUGGAAAAUGCGUCGUUUUGCAAAACUGGAUAUGUCAGCUAGGCUGGAGUUGCAGUCAGCCCUGGAUGCAGAAAUAAGAGCUAAGCAGGCCAUCCAAGAAGAGCUGAAUAAAGUUAAAGCAGCUAACAUCAUCACAGAAUGUAAACUAAAAGAUUCAGAGAAGAAGAACUUGGAGCUACUCUCAGAAAUCGAACAACUGAUAAAGGACACUGAAGAGCUUAGAUCUGAAAAGGGUAUAGAGCACCAAGACUCACAGCAUUCUUUCUUGGCAUUUUUGAAUACGCCUACCGAUGCUCUGGAUCAAUUUGAAGAUUCCUUUUCUUCUUCCUCAUCUUCACUGAUUGAUUUUUUGGAUGACACCGAUCCCGUUGAGAACACAUAUGUACGGAAUCCGAACGUCAAGGUUAACAUCCAGUCAAGGUCCACAUCUCCUUCCACAUCUAGUGAAGCUGAGCCAGUUAAGAUUGUAGACAGUACUCCUCCACCAGUUCACACACCAACCUUAAGGAAAAAGGGAUGUCCUGGUUCAACUGGCUUUCCAGCUAAGCGCAAGACCCAUCAGUUUUUUGUCAAAUCUUUCACUGCCCCUACCAGAUGUCACCAGUGCACCUCUCUGAUGGUGGGUUUGAUAAGACAGGGCUGUUCCUGUGAAGUGUGUGGAUUUUCAUGUCAUAUAACUUGUGUAAACAAAGCUCCAACUGCUUGUCCAGUCCCACCUGAGCAGACAAAAGGGCCUCUGGGGAUAGAUCCGCAGAAGGGAAUAGGAACAGCAUAUGAAGGUCAUGUCAGGAUCCCAAAGCCAGCUGGAGUGAAGAAAGGAUGGCAAAGAGCAUUGGCUGUGGUUUGUGACUUUAAACUCUUCCUGUACGAUGUUGCGGAAGGAAAAGCAUCUCAGCCCAGUGUCGUGGUCAGUCAGGUGAUUGACAUGAGGGAUGAAGAAUUUUCUGUGAGUUCAGUCUUGGCUUCUGAUGUUAUUCAUGCAAGUCGAAAAGAUAUACCCUGCAUAUUCAGAGUCACGGCUUCCCAGCUCUCGGCGUCUGACAGCAGGUGUUCGGUCCUGAUGCUCGCGGAGAGCGAGAGCGAGAGGAACAAGUGGGUGGGCAUGCUCAGUGAGCUGCACAAGAUUUUGAAGAAAAGCAAAUUCAGAGACCGCUCAGUCUAUGUUCCCAAGGAGGCUUAUGACAGCACUCUGCCCCUCAUUAAAACAACCCAGGCAGCUGCAAUCAUAGAUCACGAAAGGAUAGCGCUGGGCAAUGAAGAAGGGUUGUUUGUUGUUCACGUCACCAAAGAUGAAAUUAUUAGAGUUGGUGACAAUAAGAAGAUACAUCAGAUUGAACUCAUUCCAAAUGAUCAGCUUGUUGCUGUGAUCUCAGGACGAAAUCGUCACGUGCGACUUUUUCCCAUGUCAGCUUUGGACGGACGAGAGACUGAUUUUUAUAAGCUGGCAGAAACUAAAGGGUGUCAGUCCAUAACUUCUGGCAAAGUGUGCCACGGAGCUCUCACAUGCCUGUGUGUGGCUAUGAAAAGGCAGGUCCUCUGUUAUGAACUAUUUCAGAGCAAGACCCGUCACAGAAAAUUUAAGGAAAUUCAAGUGCCAUAUAAUGUGCAAUGGAUGGCGAUCUUCAGUGAACAACUCUGCGUGGGAUUCCAGUCGGGAUUCCUCAGAUACCCCUUGAAUGGGGAAGGAAGUCCGUACAGCAUGCUCCAUUCAAAUGACCACACGCUAUCAUUUAUUGCACAUCAGCCGAUGGAUGCCAUCUGCGCAGUUGAGAUCUCCAGUAAAGAGUGUCUGCUGUGUUUUAACAGCAUCGGGAUAUACACCGACUGCCAGGGCCGGAGAUCGAGACAGCAGGAACUGAUGUGGCCGGCAAACCCUUCCUUUUGUUGUUACAAUGCACCAUAUCUCUCGGUGUAUAGUGAAAACGCGGUUGAUAUCUUUGACGUGAACUCUAUGGAAUGGAUUCAGACUCUCCCGCUCAAAAAGGUUCGACCCUUAAACAGUGAAGGAUCGCUAAACCUUUUAGGGUUGGAGACAAUUAGAUUAAUAUAUUUCAAAAAUAAGAUGGCAGAAGGGGAUGAACUGGUGGUUCCUGAAACAUCGGACAAUAGUCGGAAGCAGAUGGUUAGAAACAUCAACAACAAACGGCGCUUCUCCUUUAGGGUCCCAGAAGAGGAGAGGAUGCAGCAGAGGAGAGAGAUGCUACGAGAUCCAGAAAUGAGAAAUAAAUUAAUUUCUAACCCAACUAAUUUCAACCACAUAGCACACAUGGGCCCAGGAGAUGGGAUACAGAUCCUAAAAGACCUGCCAAUGAACCCUCGGCCCCAGGAAAGUCGGGCGGUGUUCAGUGGCUCAGUCAGUAUUCCAUCCAUCACCAAAUCCCGCCCUGAGCCCGGCCGCUCCAUGAGCGCCAGCAGCGGCCUGUCAGCGAGGUCCUCUGCACAGAACGGCAGUGCAUUAAAGAGAGAAUUCUCUGGAGGAAGCUACAGUGCAAAGUGGCAGCCCAUGCCUUCCCCGUCAGAGGGCUCCUUGUCUUCCGGAGGCAUGGACCAGGGAAGUGACGCCCCAGCCAGGGACUUUGACGGAGAGGACUCAGAUUCCCCAAGGCACUCCACAGCUUCCAACAGCUCCAACCUAAGCAGCCCGCCCAGCCCAGUGUCGCCCCGGAAGACCAAGAGCCUCUCCUUGGAGAGCACCGACCGCGGGAGCUGGGACCCGUGAGCGGCUUCGGUGCUCGGAGUGGACGCCAGAGCAGCUUCUCCCUCUCAGCCCCCUCCACUGCCCUGUCUCCACAUCCGUCCCCCGCCCCUGCCUGGAAGGCCCAGGGCCGGCAGCAGGAGCAGGGUGGGGGCUCAGGGACGCGGACGAUUGCACCUACAGCCCCAUGCCCCCCACAUCCCCUGCGCCCCCUCGACGUAACAACCACCACCAUCAAGGCAGAC